GUUCUGAAAUACGAACAGUAUUUAGAUAAUCAGCUUGUGAGAUUUUUACUCAAGAAGGCACUGACCAAUCAAAGGAUAGGACACUUCUUCUUUUGGCAUUUAAAGUCUGAAAUGCACAAUAAAACUGUAAGCCAGAGGUUUGGUUUACUUCUGGAGUCCUAUUGUCGAGCAUGUGGAAUGUACCUAAAGCACCUGAGCAGGCAGGUGGAGGCUAUGGAGAAGUUGAUUAACCUCACAGAUAUUCUCAAGCAGGAAAAAAAGGAUGAGACCCAGAAGGUGCAGAUGAAGUUUCUUGUUGAACAAAUGAGGCGACCAGAUUUUAUGGAUGCUUUACAAGGCUUUAUCUCUCCCCUUAAUCCUGCUCAUCAACUGGGAAAUCUUCGGCUUGAGGAAUGCAGGAUAAUGUCAUCUGCAAAAAGGCCCCUGUGGUUGAACUGGGAAAACCCAGAUAUAAUGUCCGAAUUACUAUUUCAGAAUAACGAGAUAAUCUUUAAAAAUGGAGAUGACUUGCGUCAGGACAUGCUGACACUUCAGAUAAUUAGAAUCAUGGAAAACAUCUGGCAAAAUCAGGGUCUUGAUCUUCGGAUGUUGCCUUAUGGAUGUUUGUCUAUUGGUGACUGCGUGGGACUUAUCGAGGUAGUGAGGAGCUCUCAUACGAUCAUGCAGAUUCAGUGUAAAGGUGGCUUAAAAGGUGCUUUGCAGUUCAACAGCCAUACACUACAUCAGUGGCUCAAGGACAAGAACAAAGGAGAAAUGUAUGAUGCAGCUAUUGACUUGUUUACACGUUCUUGUGCUGGCUACUGCGUUGCCACCUUUAUCCUGGGCAUUGGUGAUCGCCACAAUAGUAACAUCAUGGUGAAAGAUGAUGGACAACUGUUUCACAUUGAUUUUGGGCACUUCCUCGACCACAAGAAGAAAAAAUUUGGCUAUAAAAGAGAACGUGUGCCAUUUGUUUUAACACAAGACUUCUUAAUAGUGAUUAGUAAAGGAGCCCAAGAAUGUACCAAAACAAGGGAGUUUGAAAGGUUUCAGGAGAUGUGCUAUAAGGCUUACCUAGCAAUUCGGCAACACGCCAAUCUUUUUACUUGA